GGGUGGGUGGUGUUGUGGGGGAGAGAGGAAGGGGAUCAUUUAAACUCUGUGGUAAGAAGGAGGCGGGACGGAGACGUGAAGAUUAAUUGCUGGAUGGAAGGAAGGAAAAGGGGAAAGUUUCAGAUUUCACUGGUUUCCGGAACGAGAGAGCGCGAGUGAAGGAGCUCGGAGUCAGCCGGUACUGGAUUCCCAAACCUCGCCUCUGGUUUGUGUCUCAACUCUGUCUCCAAGGAGAUGUAGAGCGGGACGUCCUUCACUAAAUCCUAAACCAGGGGUCUAGUCUCUCGCUGAACGAGACGCUCUUCCAACGCACAAUGCUUCUCUGCUUCCUGCUGUUUCUUCAUUACUCCGGAAAUUCCAAAGCACAAGUUAACCCUGGCUUGUGCCGCUAUGCACUGGGGAUGCAAGAUGGGACGAUCGGGGACAAAGACAUCACAGCGUCCAGCGAGUGGUACGAGUCUACGGGAGCCCGAUUUGGCAGACUGGAGAAGGAGGACGGGGACGGAGCCUGGUGUCCGGUCGGCCUCCUGUACCCGGACAGCGUGGAGUACCUGCAGAUCGACCUGCACUCCCUCAACUUCAUCACCCUGAUGGGCACCCAGGGCCGGCACGCCUACGGCAGCGGCAACGAGUUUGCCCGAGCCUACCAGCUGGACUACAGCCGUGACGGGGAACGCUGGCUGUCCUGGAGAGAUCGGCAGGGGAGGCGGCUGAUCGAAGGGAACAGUAACACGUACGAGAUCGUCCUGAAGGAUCUGCGGCCGCCGAUCAUCGCCCGCUACGUGAGGGUCAUUCCGGUCACAAAGCAGCCGAUGAGCGUGUGUAUGAGGCUCGAGCUGUACGGCUGUGUGUGGGCCGACGGUCUCUCCUCGUACAGCGAGCCUGUGGGACAGAUCAUCGCCAACCCGGGUUCGGCCAUUGUUUACCUGAAUGACUCCACUUACGACGGGUUCCGAGACGCCAGACGUAGACACGGGGGCCUGGGACAGCUGACUGACGGAGUGCUGGGCCUGGAUGACUUUACCCAGAGCCAUGAGUACCGGGUGUGGCCGGGCUAUGACUACGUGGGCUGGACCAACCGCAGCCAUCGCCAAGGCUACGUGGAGCUGGAGUUCGAGUUCGACCAGCGGAGAAACUUCACCUCGAUGAAGGUGCACUGUAACAACCUGUUCUCCAAGGCGGUGAAAAUCUUCCGCAAGGUGGAUUGCUUCUUCAAGCAGCAGCUGGUGGCAAACUGGGAGCGGGAGGCGGUGGGGGUGGGCACGGUGAUCGACGACAAGAACCCCAGCGCCCGCUUCGUGAUGGUCCCGUUACAGCACCGGGUGGGCAAGGCCAUCCGCUGCCGCUUCCACUUCGCAGACACCUGGCUGAUGUUCAGCGAGAUCUCCUUCCAGUCCCAGGUCAUGGAUUCUGGUGGAAUGAAUCCUUUGGUGGAGAAUCCGCACCCUUCCCGCAGAGAGGAGAACGGCCGAGCUGCGGAGGAGCUGACGUCCCCCAAACCGUCAUCGCCCCCCCUCAGCUCCCUCCCCUACCUCCUCACCAGCCCCACCCCAAACCCCAGCCUCAACUGCAGCUCCAAGCCCACCCCAACUCCAACACAGACGCAGAAUGUAAUGCUGGUCACCGUCGCCCCUUCGGCCGUCACCGGCCCCGAGCACCGAGCUGACGAAAGCAACACCUCCAUUCUGAUUGGCUGCCUGGUGACCAUCAUCCUCCUCCUCAUCAUCAUCAUCAUCGUCAUCCUGUGGCGGCAGCACUGGCGGCGGCUGCUGGAGAAGGCUCCCCGGCGUAUCCUGGAGGAGGACGUCACUGUGCACCUGUCCCUGUGUGACGAUUCCAUCAUCAUCAACAGCCAGACUCAGAUAUUCCAGACCAACCCCACGUACGAGACGGUCUUUCCCCUCGACUUGCAGUACCAGGAGCCAGCCAGGCUGUUACGCAAGCUGCCGGAACUUUCUCAGAGCGCCGAGGACUCGGUGUGCAGCGGUGACUACGCAGAGCCAGACGUGACCAAGGCCACCCCGCACCAGGGCUUCCAGAACAAGGUGCCGCACUACGCCGAGGCCGACAUCGUUAACCUGCAGGGCGUGACCGGCAACAACACCUACGCCGUUCCCGCGGUAACCGUGGACUCCCUCAUCAAGUUGGAGCUGGCGGUGGGCGAGAUCUCUCGACACCAGCUGCGCUUCAAGGAGAAGCUGGGGGAGGGGCAGUUUGGGGAGGUUCACCUGUGUGAAGCCCAGGGUCUGCAGGAGAGCCCAGGACCCGAGCUGUGUUUCAGUGGCCGUCACAAACCUGUUCUGGUGGCUGUGAAGAUGCUUCGUUCGGACGCCACCAAAAAUGCCAGGAACAACUUCCUCAAGGAGGUGAAGGUCAUGUCCCGGCUCAACAACCCCAACAUCAUCCGUCUGCUGGGAGUCUGCAUCCACGAUGAUCCUCUCUGCAUGGUCACCGAGUACAUGGAGAAUGGGGAUCUCAACCAGUUCCUGUAUCAGCGGGAGCUAGAGAACCAAUUCACCCUGGCCAACAACAUCCCCAGUGUCAGUUACCGGUGCCUGCUGCACAUGGGCACGCAGAUUGCCUCGGGCAUGCAGUACCUGUCCUCUCUCAAGUUUGUGCACAGGGACCUGGCAACCCGCAACUGCCUGGUGGGCCAUCAUUCCACCAUCAAGAUCGCUGACUUCGGCAUGAGCCGCAACCUAUACAGCGGGGAUUACUAUCGCAUCCAGGGCCGUGCCGUGCUGCCCAUCCGCUGGAUGGCCUGGGAGAGCAUCUUGCUGGGGAAAUUCACGACCGCAAGUGAUGUGUGGGCGUUUGGAGUCACUCUGUGGGAGAUGUUCACCUUCUGUAAAGAGCAACCGUAUUCCCAGCUGACCGACGAGCAGAUCAUCGAGAACACGGGAGAAUUUUUCCGGAAUCAAGGCCGGCAGACCUACCUGUCGCAGCCCUCCAUCUGCCCGAAGCAUAUCUUCGAGGUUAUGGUCGGCUGCUGGAGCCGAGAUAUCAAGGAUCGACCGGUCUUCGAGCGCAUCCACCAUUUCUUCCAGGAGCAGCUGGUCAGCCUGUCCUAGUGCUCGCCCACCGAGGUUAGGGUUAGGGUUGAACACUGAAGGACAUCUCAGCCUCUGCGGCCUCACCCAGUCCCUCGUGCCCCAAUCGGCCGCAUUGGCCGUUCACAUCGAUAACACUUGCCUUUGCGUUUGAUUAUAAAGUCAAAACGCCUCAACGGGCUUCACAGGAAUCAGUGUCCAAUGGAGUGACUGUGUGUUUUGUAGGGCAACGCGGCAGCCGAUUGCGUGCCCUGCAGCGCCUCCCAAAAUGAGCACGAGGUGAAUCUGAUCUGGGUCAUUGUCGGCCAGGACACCGGGAGAGAGAAACUCCCUUCUCUUUUUGAGUUGUGCCAUGAGGUCUUUAACAUGCGCCUGGACAGACGCGGGCGGGACCUCAGUUUAACGUCUCAUCCGUAGGACGGGGUUCAUAUUUUAAUCUCGGGUCACAUCUGACCACUCACUCGAACAGGACCACACUCGGGUGUGGCGGCCAUUGGAGCUUCACUGUGUUGGGGACGGACUUUUGAGACCGUGGUCUUUCUUGCGGACAAUUGGAAGCUCUCUCACUUUCACUGGAAGAUCAGGACCGGAAUCGGUGGAGGCCAGUGCUGUGCACAAUGUUAAACGUGAAUCGACAAGGCGACUUUCUCUCCCCUGUCCUGUCCUGUGGACCAGAAAAGCCAUUGCUUCCCCACACUGGAGUUCCACCAGAGAGACGAAUGGGACUGAGCGAACAGAGAACCUGCUGACUGGGCUGGCACUAGCCAUGCCUGUUUGCCAUCCACUGCCACACGCCAUCGCUGUCAAGGCCUGGGGGGGGUUUUACUGAACUGCUAUCACUGUAUUGUUUAAUUUAGAACCUUUUUGUAUAUUUUUUAUUACAAUGGACUGAUGUGCAAUGGACUAAUGGUGAGAGAGCGAGAGAAGCCCUGAUGUCCUCAGGACGAGUUAGUUUCCGACGCUUUGUAUAGACAUUUGAUGCACGUUGCAUCCGCACUGAUGCUCACUCUUUUCCCACUUUUAGUUUCUAAGCUGAAGCAGCAUGUCGACAUCCCGAAUCCUGAGCAUCCCUUAAAAAUCUUCGCAAUGUGUAUAAUCCAGGAGCCUUCCCAAAGAACCUUCCCAAAGAACGUCUGUGGGCUCUAGGCGGGGGUGGGGCGGGGGGUGCUGUGUGCUUAGGCCCAGGUACGAGGAGGAGGGGAGGGGGCUGUGGAAAGCGGGUGGGAAGGGGCCUGGGAACGGAGCGGCUUUGGUACAGAGAUACGAUGUUUGUAGUCAGUGUGUGCGGACAGUGUCUGUGAAUUUCAAUGAGUUGAAAGUUAGCAGCAACAACUUGUACUUACACAGCAGCCUUCAGGCGGGGCGGCGUCAAAGAGCGCUUAACAACGGCGGAGGCGGGGGUGGAGGAGGGAGGAUAUGACCUAAAGCACCGUCCAAGAGGAAGGUC